AUGACUUCAUGUAUAAACGCACCAGCUGAUGAUCUUACAACAGUGAUACCAUCAUCGAUCUUACCUAAGACAGACAAACCCAUUGUGGUUAUUUUAACUCCCGAAUUCGAUGAUGCUGCAACCUUUGGAGAUUGGCGAUUUUCUUUCGAUCAACUGGCGUCCAACUUUCAGAUGCUUGGUGCCCACGCGGUGGCAACACCAUGGCCCACAGCACCCCUUGCUUUUGACUCUUCUUGUUCUUCGAUUCGCUAUGUAGUCAAUCUUGUUUGGGGCUAUCAUACGGUGCCAGAUCGUUGGGAAGCAUGGCUUCGUGCUUGGCCAAAAGACAUGAUAUUGAUCAAUUCUCCAUCGCUCCUUCUGUGGAAUACUCGCAAAACGUAUUUGAAAGAAUUAGAGAAGGCUGGUAUUCCAGUCGUUCCAACACUGUAUGUCGAGCAGAUCGAUGAGAAAAUAUUGAUCGAUGCUGCAGCACAUUUUUCUACUUCUGAUCUUAUUGUCAAACCUCAAGUAUCGGCAUCUGCUUUUAAUAUGUUACGUGUUUUGGUUGGCAGUUCAGACUUUACUUCAUCACCAAGAUCAUUAAGCGUAACUGCGGCAGUUGAUGAAUUAAUCCGGUUGGGUAUUGCUCAUUCGGCAAUGAUGAUCCAACCGUUCAUGUCAAAUGUUGUUCGCGAAGCUGAACUGUCGGUAAUCAUGUGUAAUGGAAAGUUAAGUCAUGCAGUUCGAAAAACUGCACCGCCUGGUGAUUAUCGCGUACAAAACGAACUUGGUGGUACCAUAACUGCUAUGGAUCAACCUUCAGCUGAAAUGCUCGAAUUAGCUCAUGCUUCGCUAGCGACCUGUCCUGAAACUCCUAUUUAUGCUCGUGUCGAUAUGAUACGUAAUCACUUGACUGGACGCUUAUGCGUUAUUGAACUUGAAGUUAUCGAGCCGGAUUUGUAUUUAAAACAUACAUCCGAUGGAGGCGUGACAUUUGCACGUGCCAUCUUACAAGUUCAUUCUCAGAACUAA